GUGAAAUUAAGGAUGAAUUCAAUAGGCAAAGUACCCAGGACACAUAUGAUUCUCAUGACUUAAAAAAGUGCCCCAUUAAAAGUGAAAUAGAACCUGGAAAUGGACUUAAUCCAUUUGAAGAAAACCAAGAAACUGAAAAAGGUUGUCCUUAAGAGAACAAGAUGGAAGUUGUGGAGACACUAACUGAACAUUCAUCACAGGAAGAAAAUUACAUGAAUCCGCACGCGGAAGGAGAAACAUCAAAUAAAAAUAUGAAAGUUGGGAGUGGAAAAAAACCUUACAAGUGUGAAAUUUGUUUUAAACAAUUUAGUGAAGCAGGUAAUUUAGAAGUACAUUUGAGAGUGCAUACUGGAGAAAAGCCUCACAAGUGUGAAAUUUGUUUUAAGCAGUUUAUUAGGGCAAAGGAUUUGAAAGUACAUUUGAGAGCGCACACUGGAGAAAAACCUCACAAGUGUGAAAUUUGUUUGAAGCAGUUUAGUAAAGCAGGUACUUUAAAAAGACAUUUGAAAGUGCACUCUGGAGAAAAACCUUGUCAAUGUGAGAUUUGUUUAAAACAGUUCGCUCGAAAGGCCCAAUUAACUGGCCACAUGAAAGGUCAUACCGGAGAAAAACCUUAUAAGUGUGAAAUUUGUUUUAAACAAUUUAGUCAAGCAGGUAGUUUAAAAAUACAUUUGAGAGUGCACACUGGAGAAAAACCUCACAAGUGUGAAAUUUGUUUAAAGCAAUUUAUUCAAGCAGGUGACUUAAAAAUACAUUUGAGAGUGCACACUGGAGAAAAACCUCACAAGUGUGAAAUUUGUUUUAAGCAAUUUAGUAAAGUAGAUAAUUUAAAAAUACAUUUGACAGUGCACACUGGAGAAAAACCUCACAAGUGUAAAAUUUGUUUUGAUCAGUUUAGCCAAGCAGGUCAUUUGAAAACACAUUUGAGAGUGCACACUGGAGAAAAACCUUACAAGUGUGAAAUUUGUUUUAAACAAUUUAGUGAAGCAGGUACUUUAAAAAUACAUUUGAGAGUGCACACUGGAGAAAAACCUCACAAGUGUGAAAUUUGUUUGAAGCAGUUUAGUAAAGCAGGUACUUUAAAAAUACAUUUGAGAGUGCACACUGGAGAAAAACCUCACAAGUGUGAAAUUUGUUUUAAGCAAUUUAGUAAAGUAGAUAAUUUAAAAGUACAUUUGAGAGUGCACACUGGAGAAAAACCUCACAAGUGUAAAAUUUGUUUUAAGCAGUUUAGCCAAGCAGGCCAUAUGAAAGAGCAUUUGAGAGUGCACACUGGAGAAAAACUUCACAAUUGUGAAAUUUGUUUUAAGCAGUUUAGUAGGGCAAGUGAUUUGAAAGUACAUUUGAGAGCGCACGCUGGAGAAAAACCUCACAAGUGUGAAAUUUGUUUUAAGCAGUUUAUUAAGGCAAGUGAUUUGAAAGUACAUUUGAGAGCGCACACUGGAGAAAAACCUCACAAGUGUGAAAUUUGUUUUAAGCAGUUUGGUCAAGCAGGUACUUUAAAAAGACAUUUGAGAGUACAUAUUGGAGAAAAACGUCACAAGUGAAAUUUGUUUUAAGCAAUUCACUAAGUAGAUACUUUAGAGGUACAUUUUUGAGAGUGCACACUGGAGAAAAUCCUUACAAGUGUGAAAUUUGUCUUAAGCAGUUAAUUACAGCAGGUCAUUUAAAAACACAUUUGAGAGUGCACUCUGGAGAAAAACCUUAUCAGUGUGAGAUUUGUUAAAACAGUUUGCUCAAAAAGCUCAAUUAACUGGUCACAUUAAUGUUCACACCAGAGACAAACCUACACUUUAGUGGACCACGUAAUUUGAAAACACAUUUGCCAGUUUACACUAUAGAAAAGCCAAACAAAAAAUGAUCUAAGUGAUUAAUUAGUUUUAGAGGAUUUUUCUUCAUUUAUGCAAAUUCAUCCUCAAAGGUUUUAUUUCAGUUUUCGUAGUUUAAGCAAGUAGACGAUUUUCCUUAAAAAAUUGAGUUUCAAAGUGCUUUAGAAAAAUAGUACAAACCUGCGCAUAUUUGUAUUCUGCCCUACUAAGCGAAAAGGGGGUAUCUACAUUUUAUAAAAAAAUGAGGUACUAUUGUUUAGUCAUUAAAUACACCUUUAUACAUACUCCAAACCCACAUAGAAACUGUGAAACUAUAUACCUCAUAAUGAAUUGGACCAUACAGUAAUAGAAAAAUAUAUAGAAUCUUUGAACUCAUUCAUAUAUGAGACAAUAUAUAAAUGAGUAUCUGAAAAAUUAAAAUUGCAGAUACCCCCUUUUCGCUUAGUAGGGCAGUAUUAUAACAACAACAAAAUGUUUAUUAUAUAUUUUAAAACUA